AUGAGUAAAGAAUUUAAGAAAUUUGCAGAUAAUAAAAAAAAGAAAUUUACGAGCGUAAAAACUUCAAAAUUAAACCCAUCGAAACAUGAAUUAUCACAACAAACUGAUGAAACAAAGAAACAAUCUGAACAAGAUCGACCGAAAUCUUUAGAAUCAUUGAUGCUAGAUAUAGAACGACGACAAAAUGAAUUUGAACAUGAACAAAAUUUAACAGAUGAACAAAAUGAUUUCUCAUCAGAUAUUAUCGAUGGCCAUGAAAAAUCACGAAAGACAUUCUAUCGAGAAUUUAAAAAAGUAGUGGAUGCAUCUGAUAUAAUUAUUGAAGUACUUGAUGCUCGUGAUCCUCUUGGAUGUCGUUGUCCACAAGUUGAAGAAGCUGUUUUAACUUCAGGAAAAAAUAAAAAACUUAUUUUAUUACUUAAUAAAAUUGAUCUUAUUCCACGUGAUAAUCUUGAUAGAUGGUUAAAAUAUUUUCGUAAUGAAUUUCCAACAAUUGCUUUUCGUUCAUCAACUCAGAAUCAACGUCAUCGAUUGGGUCAUAUUAAAGAAUCAAUAAAAACUUGUGAUGAACAAUUAAUUAAAUCAUCAAAUAAAUGUUUUGGUGCAUCAACAUUAAUGAAUCUUCUUUCGAAUUAUUGUCGAAAAAAUGAUAUUAAAACUAGUAUUACUGUUGGCAUUGUUGGAUAUCCUAAUGUUGGAAAGAGUAGUGUUAUUAAUAGUCUUAAACGCAGUCAAGCAUGUGAAACAGGUUCAACGCCCGGUGUAACAAAACAAAUGCAGACAAUUAAAUUAGAUAAAUUAAUUAAAUUAUUCGAUUGUCCAGGUAUUGUUAUGUCAAAAGAAACAAAUCCUGCUAAUCUUGUUCUUCGAAAUUGUAUUCGAAUUGAAACAAUUGAAAAUCCUAUACCAGCUAUUGAACUACUUAUUCAUCGAUGUACAAAAGAACAAAUGAUGCUUCAAUAUAAUCUAAGUGAUUUUCAAGAUGUUAAUGAUUUUCUAUUAAAAAUGGCUACAAAAAUGGGUACUUUAAAAAAAGGUGGUGUACCAGAUAUUAAUCAAGCUGCACAACGAGUACUUUCUGAUUGGACAAAUGGAAAAUUAACUUAUUUUACUGAACCACCUGAACGUACUAAUGACAUAAUUAGUACUGAACUUGUAACAAAAAUGAAAGAAGCAUUUGAUAUCGAUGCUUUUUUAAAUAAUGAAGAUGAGCAAUUGGACGAUUUACAAACUAAUUCUCUUACAGAAAUGGAUUUUGAAAUCAAUGAAGAUGAGAAUAUUUCUGAAAGUGAAAAUAGUACUAUAGAAACAAUAGAUGAAAAUCAUCAAUUGACAACGAAAGAUUCAAAUGAAAUUCAUUUUACAGUUCGAGCAAUAGACAAAACAAAACGUUUAUCAAAACAACAAAUUGCUAAUUCGGUUGAUAAACAAUAUGAAAAUGAAAUUCGAGGAUCAGUUAAUAGAUCUAAUCUUAGUCGACAACAGGAAUUUAAGAAAAUAAAAAAAACUCAAAAGAGAACCGAAAAAACAAUGGAAAAUCUAGGUGAUGCACUUCAUUCUAUUGUUCGACUUACACCGAUGUCAUCUGAUAGUAAUUCUAUGGAUAAAUAA